UCCUUCUGAACAUUACAAUGGCUGGUAAAUAUAGAAUCAACAAAUGCAACAUCAACAAUCAACGAACCCAGUCGGGAUCAGUUGCAUAAUAAUAGAUGAAUAUGAUCAAGCAUGGAUGCAAUUUAUAUGGAUGAACAUCGUUACUCUUAGAUAGGUGGAAAUAUUUUGGAUACCGAGUGAUAUUACUUUAAUUGACAUUACAAAAUUCCACUAUUCGACAUGCAUUAGCUGAACUUGACCUCAUCCGUUGAUUGUUGAUUGUUGACUUCACACCUCAGUAUUAUUAUUUUCAAAAAUGGUUGAUACUCAGUUUCAUUCCCUGUAGCUUCUCAGAACAAGGCUCUCGCUGCCAAGAAGGCUGCCCUCAAGGGUGUCCAUGGCAAGGCUGUCCGUAAAGUCCGUACUUCUACUCACUUCCACAUUCCUAAGACUUUGAAGUUGAACCGUGCUCCCAAGUACGCUCGCAAGUCAAUCAACCAUGCUCCUCGUAUGGACCAAUAUCGUGUUAUUCGUCAACCUCUCAACACCGAAACUGCCAUGAAGAAGAUUGAAGAACACAACACUUUAACUUUCAUUGUUGACGUUAAGGCCAACAAGAACCAAAUUAAGGAUGCCGUCAAGAGACUUUAUGAUGUUGAAGCUGCUAAGAUCAACACCCUCAUCAGACCUGAUGGUUAUAAGAAGGCUUUCGUUCGCUUGACCGCCGAUGUCGAUGCUUUGGACGUUGCCAACAAGAUCGGUUUCAUUUAAACAGCUAUGUUCUUUUGGGCGCAAGACUACAGUAUUUUAACUAAUAUUUUAGAUGAAAUACAUUUUUUUUUUGGACGAUUAAUAUUUUCAUUUUAGAUGAGUUGCAAUUGUGUUGUAGA